AUGGCGGUAAGGAGGGUAUCAAAAGUUGAUGACUUCUUUGAUGCCUCCCAAUGCCUAGAGAUUGUUGAAAAGACUGUGGAGGAGUUUGACAGUGAUCCCUCCAACACUCGUGCUCUAGAUUCUCUUGAUAUUUUUGCUGGCAAGGGCAACUUCUGUGCUGAAUGUCAAGCAGGUGGCAAGACUAGUAUGACUGUGGACAUUCUCCAUGACAAGAAGAACCACGACAUCUUGACGCGGACAGGUUUCUUCUAUGUGCUGCAGUGCAUUCUCACGAUGGUGGAAUAUGGAAUGAUUCUUUGCGGCCCUCCUUGCGGCCUAUUCGUCUUCCUCUCAGCCAGCUACCAUCGUCGGAGCAUGGACUUCCCCUAUGGUGAUCAAUCCAAACCAAAAAUCAGGGGGGGCAAACCAGCUGGUGAUCAACCUUAUCGUACUUCUGGCUGUAGCGCACAAACGCAAGAUCUUCUUUGUGAUGGAACAACCAGCUUCAUCGGUGCUAUGGAUCUUCCCUGA